GCUAAAAAUGUUGAAUGUUUUAUUUAUUGUUUUUUCAAUAAUAUGGAUCACAAAUGCAGCUAAUUUAUUAGUAUUUUGGCCUUUGCCAAUUCCGAGUCACUUUUACAGCUUCAAGCCACUAUUUACAGAACUCGCGUUACAAGGUCACAAUGUAACUGUUGUCAGUCACUUCCCAGAAUCCACUCCCAUGGCUAAUUAUACGGAUAUCACAAUUAUGGACGAAACGACGAAGUACAACGAAUCAACGACAAAUAGAAUUAAUGAUAAUCUUAUGGAUGUUAUUAAUUGCAACUUUUUUCAAGUAUUGUCUAUUGGUUGGACAUUAAACAAAAGAUAUGCAGAGUCUAUACUUCAUUUAAAAAACCUUCAAAAUUUUAUAACAUCCGAGUCUUAUACGUUUGACUUGGUACUGAUCGAGUCGUUUUACCAAGAGUACACUGUGACAAUGGGUCAUAAGUUCAACGCCCCCGUCAUAUGCAUUACUUCCACACUCAUACAACCUACAAACAGUCAUUGGAUUGGUUUACCGUCGACAUUUUCCUAUUUACUGGACAUUCGUUCGCGGUCAUGUGAUCAUAAAACGUUUUAUGAUCGAUUGAAAUCAACUUAUCUGGGCUUUGUUCAAAUUUACUUAGAACGUUAUUUUUACAUACCAACGCAGGAAGAAUAUAUCAAUAAAUAUUUCAAUUAUAAAAAUCAUGAAUCUAGACCGCCCAUAGAUGUAAUGUUAUCUAACGUGUCACUAAUAUUAGUAAAUGGAGAUUUAAGUGUGGGAGCUCCAAGACCAUACUUACCAAAUGUUAUCGAAAUAGGAGGAUUACACAUAAAAGUACCUAAACAGUUGCCUAAAAGUAUAAGAACAUUUAUUGAGUCUGCUAAAAACGGAGUAAUUUUUAUUAGUUUUGGCACUUAUAUCCAUCCUUGCGAAUUCCCAAAACAUACUUUGGACGCAUUUAUUGCUGUCAUAGGUAAAUUAAAACAGAAAAUAUUAUGGAGAUGGGCAUGUAAUACAACAAAAGCGGAUCUAUUUAUAGACAAUGUAAUGCUAAAAGAAUGGUUUCCGCAGUUUGAUAUCUUAAAUCACCCAAAUGUUAAGUUAUUUAUCACUCAUGGUGGGCUACAUAGUGUUGAAGAAUCUACGUAUAAUGCAGUUCCUAUGAUUGGAGUACCAUUCUUUUCUGAUCAAUUUACGAACAUUAAGUUGGUCGAACGAAAAGGUUUUGGGAAGUUAAUAGAAGUCAACGAUAUAACUGAAAAUACAUUACAGACAAUAAUUGAUGAACUAUUGUUUAAUCCGAUAUAUAAAGAGAACGCAAUUGCGUACAGUGAAAUUUAUAAAGAUGGAUAUUUGAAACCCAUAGAUAAAGCUAUUUACUGGAUAGAAUAUAUUCUACGAAAUAAUGGAGCACCAAAUUUAAAAAGCUAUUCUAUUCAAUUAAAUUCUAUUCAAUAUUUCUUGAUUGACAUCUUAGUACUGUUUUUAAUUUGUAUAGUCUUAGUAAUAUACUUAGUUUACAAAAUGUUGUCAACAUUAAAAACGAAUAUAAUAAAGUAUACUUACAUAAGUAGGGAAAAUUAAAAUUCCCAGUAAUUUGAUACGUUUAUAGUUAUUA